CAGCUCUCAACACCCGGCCCGGCUCGACACUUCGCUGGUACCGAGCGACGCCUGACGAUGCGACAUACGUCCAGCUACCAUGGCCGACACUAAGAAAGAGAGCGACGGGCCAGCGCCCUACUCGUCGUCGGCAUUCGACCUCACACAGCUGCCCGACUACGACAACGACUUCGUGACCGAGGACGACUUCGUACGCUUCGCCAAAGCGCUUGCAGCCCCCGAGACCUCGCCGUCUGCAGAAGACCUGACCGCGCCGCCGGACACGCCGCACCACUUCACAGCCCAGAACGACUGGCGUCCCGUGCACCAACGCGUGCGGAAACGGAAAAAGAGCAAGGCGGCACCGGGGCGAGGGAAGGAUGAGACGCGCGAGGGCUUCGUGUACGUGCUGCUAAAGUGGCCGCUGUUGGUGUUCGUGCUCGGGUGGCUGCUGUUCCUCAGCAUUGGCUACGUCAUCACCCGAAUAUACAUCUACCUCUACGAGCACUGGGUGACAUGGCGGGGUACGCGCAACCGGCUACGGCAGCAGCUCCAGAACGCGGCUACGUACGAGGAGUGGAUUCGCAGCGCCAAGACACUCGAUGCCUACCUGGGGAGCGAUAUCUGGAAGGAGAAGCCCGAAUACGCGUACUACGACAGCAAGACGGUCAGGAGGGUGCAUGAGCAGAUGGUGAAGCUCAGGCAGAGGGCAGAGUCAGAUGAGAACGGCAAGUCGGACUCGAAGAGCAUCGAGGGGCAGAACAGGGCUGUUGAAGACUUGCGCGCGCUGAUGGAGGCAUGCAUGAAGAACAACUUUGUCGGGUUCGAGAAUCCGCGUCUCUACAGCGAGACCUACUACGGCACCAAAGACCUCGUACAGGACUUUGUCGACGAGGCUGAGACGUCUAUGGACUUUCUCCUCAGAACCAAGCAGCUCGAUGCCGAGAACAAGCGAGCACUGUUCAAACAUCUCGGCAGCAACUUUGGCAGAACUGCACUGUGCUUGAGUGGAGGGGCGACGUUUGCAUACUAUCACUACGGCGUAGCAAAGGCGCUGUUGGAUGCUGGCUUGCUCCCCGAGGUCAUCACUGGAACGUCCGGCGGAGCGCUGGUAGCAGCACUCUUAGGCACGAGGACCGACGAGGAGCUCAAGAAACUGCUUGUCCCUGCACUCGCUCACCGCAUCAAAGCGUCUCAAGACAGCACCUGGACGUGGAUGAGGCGCUGGUACAAGACCGGCGCACGCUUCGACGCUGUACAAUGGGGCAAGGCAUGUUCUUGGAUGACCAGAGGCAGCAUGACCUUCAAAGAGGCCUACCAACGGACCGGCCGCAUCUUGAACGUCUCUUGCGUGCCGUCAGAUCCUCACUCACCCACCAUCCUCGCCAACUACAUCACCGCUCCCGACUGCGUCAUCUGGUCUGCAGUCCUCGCCUCUGCCGCCGUUCCUGGUAUCCUCAACCCCGUUGUCCUCAUGAAGAAAGACAAAGACGGCACCCUGUCUCCUUACUCGUUCGGUCACAAGUGGAAAGAUGGGUCGUUGAGAACCGAUAUCCCGCUCAAAGCCUUGAACCUCCACUUCAACGUCCGCUUCUCCAUCGUCUCUCAAGUCAAUCCACACAUCAACAUAUUCUUCUUCUCGUCCCGCGGCUCCGUCGGUCGUCCAGUAACCCACCGAAGAGGACGAGGCUGGCGCGGCGGCUUCAUUGGCUCGGCUAUCGAACAAUACCUAAAGCUUGACUUGAACAAGUGGUUGAAGGUUCUUCGACACUUGGAGCUCCUACCGCGACCGCUAGGUCAAGAUUGGAGCGAGAUCUGGCUGCAACGCUUCAGCGGCACAAUCACCAUCUGGCCAAAGUCCAUACCCAGCGACUUCAUAUACAUCCUUUCCGACCCCACGCCCGAGCGACUGGCCCGCAUGAUCCACGUCGGCCAGCAGUCCUGCUUCCCAAAGCUCAAGUUCAUCGCCAACCGCGCAAAGCUAGAGAAGCAAAUUCAGGAAGGCAGGCGCAUGUACCGCCCGCGCGGCCAGAACCACGAUGGCGCAGACCUAGCCAACAUGCUCUCCGAAGACGAUUUGCAUGGGCUACUCAAAGAUACAAAGUCUGGGAGUGAGAACAACGGCCCAUACCCUCUCUCUGAUGACGACAGCGAGAGCACUCGGCCUGGCUCGCCUGUCGACCUCCCUCUGGGUUUUAACUUGACCCGCAGACCGAAACGCACACCCGGCGCCCUCAACACCCACGCAGCAGAUGGGCAAAACGACGUCCCCGACUCCCCGUCCCUAAGCCAGAGGCUGAGUGGGUGGUGGAGCACGAUGAGUCCCAACGCAACAAAGAACUCCACAGCCCUCAACUACCCCCGCUCACGCACUCGAAACCCCACCUCCCCACCACCUGGCUACGCACUCCACGACCGCCCAAAUAGCAUGUUCGAACUAAGGCCUCGGACUGAAAUUGGUGAUCUGCAAGGUUUCAGACGGCAGAUUCGUGCGGUCGCUGAUGAUGCUGAUGAUGAUGAUGAUGAUGAUAAAUCGGACGGUGACUCGGAUGUAGAGCAGUUCCAGAGUGAGAGUAGGCGGAGGCAGCAGCACCAAGGCGGGGGCUUUGGAGACGCGGAUGCGGGCGCCGUGGAUGUGGAGAUCCAUGGGGAAGCGGCGCAUUGGGGUGACGAUGAGGGUGAGAGCGAGGAGCAGAGUGUUGGUAUUGGGUUGGGACUAGAAGGGCGCGCACUAUAGUAGGCCUCACCAUGAUCUUUGGCGCCUUCAAUGCGAGGUGAUUUGCACCUUUAGACAUGAUUGCUGGAGACGAGACUGAGUGUGCAUAGAGCUCGAGGUUUUUGUUGUGUAUAUAUUCGUUACCAUUCAUCAAGCUAUACGUUCAAGUCACAAGCCCUGUAGUGUGUACUGCUUGGAGCGCGAACUUGAGACGAGUAGAAAGCUCCCAGACUAGAAAUGUGACCAAG